AUGAAAGCAUCAACUGAUAGCCAAGAUCAAUCGAAAGCGAAAGCAAAGUCCCACAAUGAAACAAAGUCAUUUCCCAUUGGAGGUGAGGAGAGGGGUGUGGGGGAGGGGAGUUGGUGUUAUUUUCAGAAAAAUGCACCUCUUGAUAAUGUGGUUCUCAAUAGAAUGUACUCAGACUUAGUCUUUAAUGGAAUUUCAGAGGGAGAGAAAUGGUAUACAAUCAGGUUGCAAAAGAUUGAAAAAAAAACAGCUGUACCAAGUUUGUUUAAAUGGACGAAAGUAAGGAAUGGAAGUGAUGAAAGAAGAAAACGGAUAGAAAGAAGAAGUAAUACCAUUUCUAGUAGCAAUGUUGUUGGUGAUAUUGGUGAAGAUAUAUUUUAUGACUGUAUGGACAAUAUAUGUUUACAAGAUGAUAAUUUUCUGUUUCAAAUAUUUUUUAUUACUUGGGUUUGUUUUAUGUUUAAACAAUGGAGUGAGCUGAAUAUAUGGCCACCUAGAGAAGUUGUAUAUUACUAUUCUCCCAAGGAUUUUAAAUCUAAAUUUCCAGCCACAAGGUGUAUUAUUGAUGGAACCGAAAUACCGAUUAAAAAACCUAAACCCCUAUUAACACAACAAGCAACAUUUUCAACUUAUAAAAACCAAAAUACUGUAAAAACUUUAGUUUCAGCAACACCUGCAGGUUUAAUUGUUGAUAUCACAAAAGCUUAUGGAGGUAGUACAAGUGAUCGUCAGAUUAUUGAAAGAGGGGGUCUUGUAUCUAUGUGUAACCCAGGUGACUCUAUCAUGGCAGAUAAGGGAUUUAAUGUUCAGGAUAUUUUUGCUCCCAAAAAUGUUACAGUGAACAUUCCUUCAUUUUUUAGGAAAAAAACAGACUUUCAGGUAAUAUUGUUUUAA